AUGCUCUCAACCCAGCCUGUCGCGUGCACCGGGCCAGCUCAGACCAUCACUGCACCCCCAGGUCUCGUGGCCGAUGCAACCUGGCCAAGGUCAAGCGUUCCUUUGCAGACGCCACCCAUCUCUGUGCCCUGUGCGCCCCCGGCCAACCCGCCACCGGAGAUCGCGGGCUCCGAGCCACGUGCCCCUCCGGGCUGGGAUUCCAAUGCAGGACCUGGCAGCGAAGAGCCACCCCGGCCACCCUCAGGCCUUCUGACAGAUGAGGAGAAGCAGCGUCAGGCGGUGGUGGAGAAGGCCAAGGCACAAGGAAUCCCCCUGAAGGUCCGUCUGCCCGACGCAGCGCUGAGCGUGGUGCGUCCACUGGUGCCGGGCUGCCCGGCAAAAAAGAGACUCCCGUGGCCGGACGUGAUGGAGGAGAUCUAUGAGUCGCAGACUGUCGCCAUGGAGUCGUACAAGCGAAGCUCUGCGUACUAUUCCACACCGCCAGAGGCAGAGGUUCCUGGUUCUCUUUUGGGUGGCGCCCCCCUUGCUGACCAGCACGAAGGCAUCUCUGCCCGGCUUCUGGCUGCGCUUGAAGCCUUUGAAGGUGAAGACGAGGACAUUGUCUGGGCAUGUGUGGAGGACCACAUCGAGCCCUUGAGCGUCCUACGCGCCACCGUCACUGCGUGGAAAAACAAGCAUGCUGCAAGUCCUUGGCAUGGUGAGACAGCAAAAAACGUUCUGCUGCUACUUGACCCGUCGGUUACGGCUGAUAACUUCCCACGUGCCAAGAGCCCUCGGCAGCCAUGCGGCACGAUUCCCCUUCUUGGGGUCUUCCACGGCGACUUUGCUUUGCCUCCUCUGGCGCAGUUGAGGUUAAACAGCUAA